GGUAGGCUACGUACUCGCGUGCUCGCAAGUCUGUGCUUGAAGUACGGACUUGCCAAGUACGUGCUUGCAAGUCAUCGAGUCCGUAGUACGCGUGCUAGGAAUUGAGAAACAGCCUGAGAAACGGCCCAUUAGUUGACUCACUCGUUUCCGCGUUUACAAGAAGUCACAUGUCUUGCCAAAAGGGUGGGGCGCUAGUGGUCGCUGCGCCUGGGGAAGAGAUUGUAACUUGUUUUUCACUUUUUUUUUUCACAACAGCACAGUAGGCCUAAUCGGACCUCUCACAUUUGGGUGCCAACUUUGUCGGACUACUUCGAACAGCACACCGUAGCCUACUCGGACCUCUCACUGUGGGUGCCAACUUUGUCAGACUACUUCGAACAGACAAUUAUCGCACAGCAUCACCUACUUUCACCUCGUCACCUCUCGGGGGCCCUGUAUGUGAAGCAGUAUAAAGAAGAGGAAGAGGAAGAAACUACCAACAUGGACGACCACCAUAAGGACUGGUUACGGCUGAAGGGGAAGGCGAAGUUGGUCAACACCUCUGGCCAACUCCUCAAUAAGAUCCAGUCAUGGCUGGAGAAGAAGGAGAAUUGUGCAAAGAAUCUAUGGAAGCUGGUAAAAGAACUGGAGGACCUCAGACAGAUAUGUAACGCCGGGGAAUGCGUAGGGAACACUGUAUCUGUCAUAGGCGCUGCGUGUCUUCUAGGGGGCAUGGUGGCCACCUUUUGCACAGCAGGGGCUGCAGCCCCGCUUCUGGGUGGGCUCGGGGCGGCAUACUUGGGUACAGGCACCACAAUCAGCUUGACCACAAAGCUAAUCGAACAUUUUGUGUCCGGCAGCAGUAUGGAAGAUGCAAAGAAGGCGGCAAAGGAGAGCGAAAUAAUUGAAGAGGAAAUAUUGGAACUGAUAGAAAAGCUAAAGAUGGAGAGAGUGAACCCUAUGCAAGAUGCAAGCGAGUACAUUGCAAUGUGUAUUUUUGAAGCCAUGUCGGGGAUGGGUCACAAAGGGCGGCUCCUGCAUGGUUUUAUUAAAGUUGGUGAUACUCUAAUGGCACUAUGUAGUUUUUUCGUAAUUUUGAGCCUUAAAAAACGAGGAAAAAUAUCAACAAUGCUGGUGACAACGAUAAUACAGGAACUUGCAGUCGCCGGAGGAAAGUUUGCAGCUAAAGGAUUAUGUAUGGCAGUGGCAGGAGGGAUUGGAAUGGUAUUCGCACUUCCGGAGUCGAUUGACAGCUGGAAGGAGCUUGUCACAAAAAAGCAUGUGACUGAAGCCAGCCAAUCACUGAAGAACACAGCUGAAAACAUUGAUCAGUUCUGCAAGGACCUGAGGAACAAUCUUAAAAGGAUUCAGGAGGACAUUGAACAGAUGAGCCAGCAGAUGAACCAGCAGACGACCAACAAUAAAGGUAACCAGAGCAAUCAGAACCAGCAGACCAACAGCCAUCAAGGAGACCAGAGAAAUCAGAACCAGCAGACCAAUAGCAAACCAGGGGAUGAUGAUGAGGAGGACAAGCAGCAGAACAACAGGGGGCAUUUGGACAUCCAGUUUACGGACAGCGACGAGGAGAGUGACAGCGACGAGGAGAGUGACAGCGAUGAGGAGAGCGACAGUGACGAGGAAGGCUAUUUGCAGAUGGGACUGUUCAAUAUCAGGUCCAUGGUCCAAAAGGCUGAUAUGGUAUCGGAAGUCAUCCAAACAAACAUGCUCGAUGUCUUUCUCACCACGGAAACCUGGUUAAGGCCUUUAAAUUUCGAGACAGUGCUCCGGAACGCUUGUCCCCCUAACUUUGAAUUCCACCAUCAGGCCAGACCAAAGGGGCCUGAUGGUAAAGAAAGAAGAGGCGGCGGCGUGGCCAUCCAACACAGGGAUGCGUACAUCGGCCAAGAGAUAAGGGUUCCAUUCGAUACAGCGUUUGAGUAUGUGGCCGUGGUCCUGGAAAACGACCAGUGGGAGGUUCCCGUCCUCCUGGUCAACGUGUACUUUCCUCCGGGAUACAACCGGGUACAAUUUCGGCGGUUUGUAUAUGACUUCAGCAAGCUGCUGGACAAUUUAGAGGAGAGGGGGUACGACCACGUCAUCUUCACAGGUGAUUUCAAUAUCCACAUGGACGAAGGCAUGCAGUCCUCUGCCAUAGAGUUUCAUUGGCUGUUAAAUAAUAGGGGUCUUGAGCUACAUACCAACGGGCCAACACGUUAUCCAGGGAGACACACACUGGACCUGGUCUUCACCCGGAAUGUGGAUAUUCGCAAUUUAUCCUAUGAAUACACUCCCGUUGAGGAACGUGUCUCGGAUCAUGUGAUUAUUUUAUUCCAAGCCACUCCGAUAUCAAUAGACAAAAAAAAAAAAAAAAAAGAGAAAAAGAGGAAAUUCAUACGAAAAAAAUAAAAUAAUAAUAAUAAAUAUAGCUGCAUGCAGCAAUGUGGGUGUCAAGCAUAAUGGGACUCUAUAAACAAAUUCUGCCGGGCGGACAUAAUCGGCUAGGUGGCUACAUGACGACCGUAUCGGUAAUUGGACGGACUUAAUCGGCUAGGUGCAUAAUGGGACUUGAUAAACUAAUUCUGCCGGACGGACGUAAUUGGCUAGGUGGCUACAUGACAACCGUCUCGGUAAUCGGUAAUAACGACGGCUGGUGGAAUGAACUAGAGCAUUAUGCAAGUACGCGGACGUAAUCGGCUAGGUGGCUACAUGACGACUGUAUCGGCUAGGUGGCUACAUGACGACCGUUUCGGUAAUCGGUAAUAACGACGGCUUUUGGAAUGAACUACAGCAUUAUGCGAGUACGCAGACGUAAUCUUCGCUGCUUGACACCCAAUGAGUAAAUUAAACUAAUAAUAGAUGAAACCCCUAUUGCAGGCAGGACAUUUUUUAGCAUAUAUAUUCCCCAUGCUUUGAAUCUAUAUGUAGUGUUAAGGGAUUUUAUAGGACAUAGGAUGUGACGUUCCCCCCUGGGGAUUAGGCUUGGUGGGUUGAAAACCCUGGAACACUGGAAUAAAGUCAUGCUUCAAGAGUACACGCUGUAAACCUCUCACCCUGCUUAUUUAUAAGUUACCUAAAUCUACACUAUCCACGUCUGAUAUUAAGACAUUUUGAAUCAACCGCCUUGAUAGAUUAUUGCUUUAUUAGUCAUAAUUUUUAACCAAGUGCCAAAUAUCCAUAUGAAAUCAUAGAUGCAUAGUUUUUUUCGAAUAUUUAUUCUAUUAUAUUCUGCACUCAAUGUUUAUCAAAUCUGAAAAUAUAGUUUAGGGCUACGAUCAAAUUUAUUUUCUUAGACUUGAAUCAUUGGAAUUUAUGUAAAAAAGUUGGAUGUGACACAGUUUAGGGUUCCAAGGACCAUAGUCAAAAUUUGACCUUAGCGUGAAUAACAUCCAAGAAGAGAACUAACCGUGAAUAACAUAAUUGGGAAGAACUUGUGUUGGAAAGCCAGGGCAGCGGCCCACAUGGUGACAUGCAAAUGAAGGAAGAGGCUUCCUGUGCGCUCACACCAAAGCAAAUUUGCCGUGCAGCGCGUUCGCCUGAGUUUGCUUGCGCGAAUAGACAAACUUAACCGUGCGGGAGUGAUUUGUGCAAGUUUGAUCAAGCAAAUUUACUCACGUGAGUGUAGGAGGAGGGGCUUCUCUUGAACGCCAAAGUUUCUUUACGGCAAUUUAUUCUCAACCAUGGCCACUACGAGUCUUUAUUUGUUCAGGAAGUACCAGAGAGGUCAGAGAACCCAACGCCGUCGUUUAAGGAUCAUAAUAUCAUCCGGAGGCGCACACAGCUUUUGGCCGCGUUUUAUACGAUUUCUAGAACACUCUGGCAGGAGCCCGGGAGUUCAGCUCCGGGGGUCCUUGACCUCCGACGCAAGCUCUGACCGAGCCAACGUUAAAUUAAAUUUCAACCCGUAUCAUGCGUUAAAUCAACUGCGUUAUUUCUCAGUUAUAACUCCAGAAACAUCUCCUUAGAAUAGAAAUAAAAAAAAUUCUCUAUAUUUAAUCCCGUCACUCCAUACUGAUCACUGACGGCGCAACUGCAUGGAAUAAAGCAUCUGUCCAAAAUGUGUCAAUAACAUAAUAUUUUUAAGUGACACUGUAAACACAUAAUCAAAUGUCAAUUAAAUCCCAAGUGUGGAAAACCAAGCCACACUGCUCAUCACAAUCGUUGUCCGUUACUCUUGAUGCUUUUCAUGACAAAUCAGGCAUUAAAAAGGGGUUAUGUUCAAGAACAUUUUACGUGGGUGAUUACAAACUGAUUAUCCAAGGUGUUCUCGGUCAGUCUUAUUACCGUAACUCUAUACAUACAGAGGUGAGCGCCGUGGUAAUGCUGCACCAUAUGGCACUUCUGGCGGACCAUGCAAAUGGCAGAAUUCGGAGGGAGAGGGUCUUUAGGGACCAUAACGAUUUAUUGGUAGGCUAAAUAAAAAUAUGUAGCCUACCUUUAUGUCAGACCACUUCUUUUUUAAUUCUGGGACUGUGCGCUCCGUGCUACUGACAGAGUUCACUGCUGCAGCAACAUGUUGCCACUAACUCUGCUUUUUGUUGUUGGCGAUCCCAAUCCCGUGACCGCCGAACAAAACUACUUUUCGGGACUCCAUCUCACCCACAAGUGUCUCCACUUUUCGCUUUUUUGCUUUUCUCAGACCUUCUGCCAUUGUUUCCGACAAGACAUAAUACUGAGUCUGUUUUAUAUGCAGAUCGAAUUCAUGAGGUAAUUUGCAUUGACCAUUUAUGGUUAAAAAGGGGCGUGUACAGGGCAGAAAGUGAAGCUGAUUCAGCUGCGCACACUUGUAGGCACUCUGUGAUUUAUAAAGCAAAGAUUGCGUACGGUGUGCGUACGCAGGGUUUUAUAAAUCGGAAUAUUUUUUGGCGCAUGCAAAACUUGGCUUUUGGGCGUAUGUACACUUUUAGUAACGAUCCCACGCACAGUUUUAUAAAUGAAAAAAAAUUACUGUUUGUGUAGUGUUCAAGUUGUUAUCUGUGUUGUUAGUCAUUAUUCCCCAUGAAGUUCCACAAAAAUCUUGUUUUUGCAUUUUCGAUGUGUUUUAAGGUGAAUUUUCAGGGUAAGACAGGGGGGAGAGGGACGGAGGGAGGGGAGGCACUUCAAGUGACGCAUGCGCUUGAACUGGUUGAAAUUGCUGUUUGCCUUGUACACUGGCCAGUCGUAUCCCAAUCAUAUGUAUGUGUGGACCGUUUUGGACAAAUAAGCUAAUGACAGUAGGAAGAAAUCGCAAUUAUUCCAUGCUGUGUUGAUUAUUGAUUAUUGGGUGGUCAUCAUUGUAAUAUAUAGCCUACUAUAUAUGGUUUGAUUUCUGUGUGUAUAUUCAAAUCGUAAGUCCCACAUGUAGCCUGUUACUGUUUACAUGGUCAUUGUCACAAGAUGGAGCGCUUGUCUCAUCUUGUGGGUUUUUUGGUUAAUUUAAUAGUCUGAUGGGUAAUUGCUGCUUGUGCUGCUUUAAUUUUUUAUCUUGCACCCAUGCAGUGCAGUGUUAUAUGUUCUGAAAUUAAAAUAAACAUUGCCCAGAUGUACACACAGCGUUGUUUACGUUGUGUUUUUUUUCAGAGAAGCCACAUAGGCAGUGUAUUUUUUCUUUUUGUUACGUAACCUCCAACCCCCGUUUUGAGUCGCCGGAUCCAUCCCCCCUCUGUGCUCCGGGACCUACCACUUUACAAAGGAAGCACUGGGAACGCUGAUAGGCUGUCACGACCAAGCCUGAAGCUAAAUUUGUGGAAAAGUUCAAAUAUUUAAACUCGAGCCAAGUGUUCAAAUAACAAUUUAGACCCUAGGUGUAUACAUACUUUCGUGAUUUGUAAAAUACUGUAUUUCAAUUCCUCCUCCAUGUCGAGUUCAAUCUGGACUUCAGGGAGACAAACCCAAAGUUCCUUUCACCCAGUUCCUUCUCAACCAUGGCCGAGAUAACCCCCACUACGAGUAUAGUUGUGGGAGUACCAGGAGUAUGCAAACAGCAACGUCCCUUUCUCCUCCAUGUCAGUCUGUACAUCAGAUUGAUGUGGAAGUGGAAGAACCAGAAACGUUGGAGAAUUCAAUUCGCAGUCGUUUGAGAUUCAUAAUAUCAUCCGGAGGUGCACACAGCUUUUGGCUGUGAUAAUAUAUAUUAUAUUAUAUAGAUAUCUCUAUAUUAUAUUAUAUUAUUUAGAUAUAGAGCUCCUAUUCUAGAAGCGGAGGGUUCUAGAAUAUUUACGGAACAUGUCCAAAAGCUGGGUGCGCCUCCGGAUGAUAUUAUGAUCCGAGCCAUUGCGAUACAUCCAGUGGCGUAAAUAUCGACAUAUCGCCAGACGCCGUCAGGGGCCCAUGGAGGAAGAAAAAAAAGGAGCUGUCCAGCUCGGCAUAGGCGACCUAGGCAAUUGCCUAGGGCGGCAAAUGUGUCGGGGGCGCCCUCUGGUGGCGGCGGGGGCACAAAAAAAUAAUUUGCGCCGGGGCCUAUCACCAUGAUGUUACGCUGCUGGAUACAUCCACUGUAAACACUAGCGCAUGGUACCGUGGCCAAAAGCUGCUCAGGCCCACAUCCCCCACCCUCCUUCUUGACCCACCUCUCUCCUCCUCAUUAGCAUUUAAAGAUACAGACACAGAAACAGCAUGUUUGUGGAAAGCUCAUUGUGGGCCUGGCUCUUUGUGGCUGUAAUUCUGCACCAAGGCUGAAUUUCUUGAACGUCCUCCAAUACUGUAUCAGGGGCCCACUAACACCUAUAUAAAAUCAUCCAUAAAGUAGCAUGCAAUGGGACCUUUAAGGAGAUCUACUUAAGUAUUUUUAAGUAUGUACUUUCGAAUAGUUUUCUUAGGUAAUUAAACCCACAUUACAAUGCCAGUGCUCAUCAAAAGCCUCAAGGUGCUACAUAUGAUAUCCAGAACAUGAAUAUAACAGCAAACCUACAAAUUCUGUUUACGGGCCUUGCUAGGGAAAAUGCUUGCCCUAGCUCAGGGGUGCCCACACUUUUUCUGCCCGUGAGCUACUUUCAAAAUGACCAGGUCAAAAUUAUCAACAUAUAUUAAAAAAUUCUAAACAUAUAUUUAUUUAUAUAUACUGAGUGCAUACUCUGAUGGCUUGCACUGAAUGGAGUCAGCCAGGGUUGCAUAGUCCGCACAGUAGCUGCUGGUAGCUAAUCUCAAGCAGGUUUCCAAAAGACCAUCAGUUAUGGGGGAAUGGUAUUUUUGACUUCUUCAUGUGGGAAAAGGCUAACUGGCAUAAAUAAGUAGAGCCAAAUAAUGCCAUCUAGGCAUUUCCUCAUGUUUGGAUACUUUCCCUUUAUGACUAAGUUCCCAAAUUGUCCAUGAGCCUUGGACUUAAGCUCAAUAUCAGCUUGUACUAUCAAAAUCUCAUCCUCAUCUGCAGACGUGUUCAGGUGAAACAGUGUUGCAAAUAAAAUCAUUUCAGCACAUAAAUGUAGCGAUUGACUCAACUAAAGCAAAGUCUUGAAUCUUUUUGUCAAAGUCUGGCAGAUCAUUUUCUUCAAUCAAGUGGUAAAUAAUAAUAAUAAUACAUUUAAUUUAGAGGCGCCUUUCAAAACACCCAAGGUCACCUUACAGAGCAUAUAGUCAUCAUACAUUUUUUAAAAAACGAGACAUUGUGGAAAAAAUAAAUAAAUAAAUAAAUAAAUAAAUAAACAUAAGCAAUAAGAAAUAAAUAAAACAAAAACAAGACAAAACAAAACAAAAAAACAAUCAAAACAGUGAUCAGUUAGACGUUGUGUGCGAGUUUGAACAGGUGAGUUUUGAGUUGUGACUUGAAGGUUGUAAUGGUGUCUGACUGUUUUAUGUGUGGGGGGAGGGAGUUCCAGAGCCUGGGUGCUGAACAGCUGAAU